UACAGCAACACAUUUCAUCGCGAGAGUGACGUAUGAACGGCCGAAAACGAAAAGCCUCUGUGUGCCGUUGUUAUCUUCUAACAUUUCUGAAGAAUGGAGACAAACGGCCAGGCAAAUGGGCCUAAAUCUAAAAAGGAAAAAAAUGGUGAUACGAAGGACAACUUAUGGUCUGCGAUUUUAGAAGAAGUCCAGAAUCAGGGCAAUACGAAACUACCUUCAAACAAAAAUGUGUUAGUUUUGGGUAAUAAUGAGACUGGCAAAACCACACUAAUCGCGAAAUUACAAGGAGUAGAGGAUCCUAAGAAGGGGUCAGCACUCGAAUAUGCAUAUAUAGACGUUAGAGACGAAUAUCGCGAUGAUCAAACACGCCUCAGUGUAUGGGUACUGGAUGGUGAUCCAGGACACACAAAUCUGCUCAAGUUCGCCCUCAACGAGGAGACGUUCCCCCACUCGCUGGUCAUCUUCACGGUGGCUAUGACCACGCCAUGGGGGAUUCUGGAGCAGCUACAAACCUGGGCCACGGUGCUCGGGGACCAUAUAGACAAAUUGGAUCUCACACCUGAACAAAGGUUACAGAGUAAAAAACAGCAACAGCAGAAAUGGCAGCGAUACACGGAGCCAGGCGACGAGAUGGAGCAAGCGGCCUCAUCGCCCAUGAAGAGGUCUUCCAGAAACCUGUCGGACGACCUGGAUAGCGAGGACGAUGAGAACCCGCUGCCUGAAGCUGUGUUGACCACUAAUCUGGGGUUGGAUAUAGUGGUUGUUGUCACUAAGACUGACUACAUGAGCACCUUAGAAAAAGAGCAUGACUAUCGCGACGAGCACUUCGAUUUCAUGCAACAAUGGAUCCGGCGGUUCUGCCUCCAGUACGGCGCGGCUCUGUUCUACACGUCCGCCAAAGAGGACAAGAACUGCGACCUGCUCUACAAGUACCUCACGCACAGGAUAUACGGCCUGCCGUUUAGAACUCCGGCGCUCAUUGUUGAGAAGGACGCCGUGCUGAUACCCGCCGGUUGGGAUAGCAUGAAGAAAAUUAGCAUAUUAUACGAAAACAUGCAGAGCUGUAAACCAGACGAUUACUACAGAGACAUCAUAGUGCAGCCAGCGACGCGGAAGAGCGGAGCGAACCGGGAAGCAGAAGUAGCGGCAGAGGACGAGCAGGCGUUCCUGCAGCGGCAGCUCGCCGCCUUGCAGGCCGGCACGCCCGCGCCGCGCGCCGACUCGCCGCUGCGGGCCGCGCAGCGCGCCACGCAGUUGGACGGCGCCAAGAUCGGCAUGGGCCCCGGCACGCCGGGCAACGAGGGCGUGUUGGCCAACUUCUUCAACUCGCUGCUGUACAAGAAGACGGGCAGCCCCGCCGGCCGCACGCCCGAGCCCGCGCCUGGAGCGGCUGCGGCGGCAGCACGCUCCGACGCGGCCGCCGAGCUAGACCGCCUGACGCGCGCCAAGCCGCGCCCGCCACCUCCGAUCGACUUGAACUCGUCCUCCGAGUGCUAGCGCUAAGGGUACAAUGUCGUACAGCGGGCGUACAAAGCACUCGCCUACACCGCGCUCGUUAAACACAUUGCUGGCUUGUACUUGUCGACGCGACAUUACUCGCGGCCGGGUAAGCAUCCAUCCCGUAGGGCAUUCCCGGAUUCCGGGAAACAGUCCCGGACUGCAAGCAUCCGUAGCUCCCUGCUUCGUCUAAUCGCGUCACGCCUUGAGAUUCCUCCAGUCGCGGUGUAUAGGAUUGCGCGGAUCGCGAAAUAGUUUUGUACUCAUUUUAUAAAGAGUUGGGCGCCAUUGUGAAACCUGUUUCAAAUUUAAGUAUUAGCUAAUACUAUUAGAAUUUUAUAGAAACUUCUAAUAUUAUAAGACUAAUAUUUGAUAAGAAAUAGGCCGACAUGGCAUUGUGAGCGUCCGCGACUACACUGUAUUGUUUAUAUAAAUUAGAUAUUUAUGCAAUGAACUUUGAAAUUUGAAUAGCUCUUCAAUGUUGCUCUACGAGGAUCAUUUUCUAUUCUGUAACAAUUUUUGUUUGUAAUUGUUCAUGAUAUUAAAUAAGUAUUUAUUUAGAUAGCAUCGUGAAACUGAUUGUAGUUAAAGGUUAAGUCCAGCAUUCACUACACGACAUGUCUGAAUCCGUUGACAAAUCCACCCUCGAAAAGCCAAACCCCGUUUGCUGCGCGUCGGUUUCAUGAAGAAGUGAAUUUGUUUGCUAACAAAUCCGGCGUACGCAAUGGAACCGGACACUCAAAAAUGCUCAUUACUAGACCUUAUGACAUUGAAAUAAGGGUUACGGAUGGAUAAUUAUCUGUGUUGUUGAUGGUGUGAAUGCUGGGCUUCAUAAGCAUCAUCUGAGAUUAGGAGGUUCCAUAACAUGUGAUCUUCUGUGAAGACUGGCCGUGUAAGAUCAGGACACGUUUAUGCACAAUGAAGUCACUAUUUGUACAAACCGUGUUUAUGUACAAUGAAAAUAUUUGUAUGUAACAAUCAUUUCAUACGCUCAUAUGUAAAUUAUUGUUUUCGACGGUCCGAGAUAUAAUGGUGACCUUUAUUGUGUGUUUUAAACGAAUUUAUUUAUUACUUAAAGCAUAAUUCUCAUUUUGAUUUGUUUACCCCCUCACAGACAGUUGAAAAUGUUUAUAGAACUUUUUUUAUGUUUAUGUGAAUGUAACAUAUUUUUAUUGAAAUUGGAUUUUGUUCUUAACAUGGUGCAAUACUGAACAUUCCAAACGUGGUUUGGUGCUUAAUAUUAUAGUAAAAAUAUUGAAUAACAUGUGGCGUUUCAUUUCAUUGCUUGCCUUAUCGCUCUCUUAUUCGGCUUCUUAUGGUUAGUGAUAGCUUUGUCUCGCUCUAAAGGUCAUCAUUAUACAUUGGUUCCAUUUUAAACUUUCCAAUCAUAUGCUUCACAUUGAUCUAAUAAUCCGAAUCAUAUCUUAGCGUACUUAAUCUCAUUAUUAAAUAUCCCAAUGAAAUGCCGUUGUUGCAUUUGAGUUGCGUAACAUUAGUAUUUAUGUUACUAUUAAAUAAUAAAACUUGAGGGUUUUGUGUAACUUAUUAACUUUCAUAGCUUAGGUAUUUAAUCAUUAUUAUGACUUGGCAAACUUAUUUGGGUAUCAUUUUUAUUGGCAGCUAUGAUAACUUAUGCCAGAGAAGUAUGCAAACUUGGCUUGCGCUCUGCUGUGCACGUUUUUAAAUGUAGGCCUAAUUUGUAAAUAAAUAUUUUGAAAUAAUGUUUAAAUAAAUAAACUAAUAUAAACAUUAAUAUAAUGCAAUGAUUCCCAGAACCUCUUAGAGUCAGAGCAAGAUAAGUUGGCUGCAAUGUUCAUAGCCCAGACUUUUCAAGUGUUAAGUAAACGUCAUAAUUUCAUAGAAGUUUGACGUUUGAAAUAACACUUACACCCUCUGGGCUAUCAUAAUCGCUGCCAACUUGGCUUGGUCUGGCUCUAACGUGCAGCUAACAUUACCGCUAUAGUAUAAUUAUAACUCCUCACAUUCCUAAUAGGAAUAUUAAUUAUAUUCUGCCUAAAUAAGUUUGUCAAUAUUUCUAUUUUCUUUUCCUAGUGAAAGUUAAAUCACAUUUCACAUUCUUAAUUUGAUGUACAGUAAGUAUACUAGAUAGAUAACUGACCCCUCAGUGCAAACAAGUUUCUAUGCAGGGGGUCAGUUCUUACUGCGGCUUACUGUGCAUUAUUCGCCAAAUAAUGGUGGUAGAACUAUCUUAACUUAUAUAAUUUUAUUAUAACAAUAAUUGAUCAUGAAAGUAGUAGUUUCUGACUUUAAAAUUAUAAAAUUAUUAUGAAUAUUAGGUUUUUCUAUUAAAAUUGUCGUCAGGCACGACAGAGAUAAUUCCUUUUAACAAUUUGAGUUAACUUUCACGGGUCAAGGUAGGUAAAUAACUCAAUGUAUGUAGAAAUGGGUAGCCAGAGAAUUGACAAACUACUAAACAGUCGGUUAGCGCGGCCAUACUUCGUAAUCCCGUUUUAAAGAUAGGUUUUUCCUAUAACAUCCUACAUAUAUAUUAAUACUUAUAGCCAAAAGUAAGAAUAUUACAACAAAAAAACAUUAGGUAGAGAAGUUCAAUGCGUUUGUCGAGGUCUAGCUUUUUGAUAAUAUUCUAAAGUACUCCCCCUUUUUUGUAAGACAGGGAAACGAAGGGUUGCAGGACAAGUAGAUGUACAUGAUAUAGAUUCUGCCAUCACGCUUUUUUUGUUUUUUUUUUUUUUAUUAUGGGUUUUCAAAAGCGGAACGAAAUUUUGAUUAUUUUGCGCUACUAUGCACGGUUUAGGAGAUACAGCCCUUUUAAUAUUUUUGCAUGACUAGUGCGUCGUAGCGCAAAAGUAACCUUCACUCAUCGCACCCAAGAUUUCUUUGCAAAUUUGAGAAAAAAUAUCUAAUGUCACGAGACAUUUUUUUUUUCAAAAUUCAAAUCCAAUUAUUUAUAAUCAGUCCCUAUAAUCAAGGAUACAUAAACUAAAUUAAAUCAAAAUAAAUGUAUAGUAUAGUAGGGUCUCGAUAAUCCGUACACAGGCUAAUCCGAACUGCCGAGUGACCCCUUUCUUUGAGAGACAAAACCUUUGUUUGGUCAAUAAAUAGAAACGAUAGUCUAAAAUAGAUGAGUUCUGAAAUGAUUUCACAUCACAGUCAUGAAGUGUUGAGUUACUUUGUUUUAUUUUUUAUUUGGAGUCUCAUUAAAUAUAGUUUUGCAGAAUAGAAUUAUAUUUUAUAUCUAAGAUACUAUAAUCCGAACGCUCCGUGAGUCCGAACAGGGCUUGUUUCUGUGAAGUACAUAUUAUCGAGGCCCUACUGUAAUAACAAUUUGAUUGAAUAAUAAGAAAUAUUACGGCAAAACAUUAAAUUACACAUUGAAGUUAAUAAAUUAAUGAAUAAAAAAAAUUGGCAUAAGUUUUGAUAAAAUGUCACUUCGAUCAAUUUCAAUCUCUGCUUUUUCAUAAUCUGCCUCUUUUUAAAAUUGGAUCUUGAAUAACGACACCGUGUAUACUGGACUAUAUAUUUUAGUAGAUUGUCAAUUUUCUUCACAAGCAAAGGGCUUGUCAGUUUUGAUACGAAAUUUGUAUGGAACGUAAUGGAGUGAAUAUAAACUAUUUUUAUAAUGGGGGCAAAAUGUUAGGUGGCUAUACGCAUUACUUAUCAGUACCUAGAACUAACGUAUUGCGAUUUGUGAGAUAUAUGUCUGAUUAUGUUACCUAGGGUGUAAGCAAAUAACAUAUUUAUCACUAGCUGAGCUUGAAGCUUAUUUCUCACUAGGCCAGGGGCCUAUUUGUCGAACGGUAUUAGACUAAUAUUAGUAGUCCACGAUUUCCACGAACUGGGACCCAUUUCUCGAACGGUAUUUGUCUAAUAUUAUUAGUGUGUUGCCAUGGUAACCCAUCCGACUUGACAGUUCCUGGACUAAUAAUAUUAGUCUAAUACCGUUCGAGAAAUGGGCCCUCAAGUCAUAUGGGUUACCAUGGCAACACAUUAAUAAAUUAGACUAAUAACGUUCCAGAAAUGGGCCCCAGUGGUAGUAAACAUGUGAACAGUGAACACGGCAUUAAAAAGUGACAAUGGAUCUUUAAAUGCGCCCCAUUGGUAGUGAAACAAUGGAUAGCUAUACUCAGAGAGUACAUUAAGCAUGGGCUUAAAAUAUAUAUCUGCAAAAAAUAUAAAGAGUAUAAAAUGUGUAUCUUUUACCAAGAGUAAGGUCUAAUCUGUAAAGACAAGAAGAUGUGUAUACACUCAGAUUGCUAUAUACAUACAUUAUUUUGUUAUUUCUGUUUCCUAGGUAACAUUUUAAGUAUAUUUACGUAUACGAUGUGUAUGUUUACUUGAGUUAAUUAUGGUUUCGAAAUCAGAUAAAAUUGAAAAUGUUUGUUCAGCAGAAUUCUAUUAUAAAAAUUGUAUGUACUAGUCAAAACACCAGUUUAAGUUCAUUUUUUAUAAUGCAUCUUUCUGUGAUAUGAUUUUUAUAUUAAUAGAACAAAAUAUCCUCUUGUUACAAAAUGCAUGAAAAUAGUUAUUUUUUUACAAGGUUUGAAAAGUGGAGAGCGUUGCGAGGGUUUCAAGGCACGGGGUUUAAACAAACUUUGCCUCCGAGUGAAAACUAAAUGUUAUCACCAACGCGAGGAAAAUACUAACUAUAUACCAAAAAUAUCUAACCUAAUCAUAUCCAAAUGAAAUAAAUAGAAAGUGUAUCAUUCUAAAUCAUCAUUUAAAAGUAAAUUCUACCAGCUAACGUAAACCAUUCAAAAUUUUCAUCUUGCAAAAUUGCCCCACAUGUGGAUAAAAUGCAACUUUUUCAUUAGUUUUUGAACUAUCAAGGUGGCAAGUUGGUGUGGUGAAAAGCUACUUAUUUGGCUUAUCUAUAUCUACUUACGUAAGCCGUAGCGUAAGAAAUAACUAAUAUUUUUUUUACGUUGCGUCCGAGGUAUACGAUUUGGGGCGCAAGGCCCCUCGGACUGCGAGGUCUUAGGCCGUCGCCCACAUCGCCCAUGCCUAGCGCCGCCUCUGCAAGGUGGGACAUUUUGCCGACCGCGGUCAUAUAUAUCGUUUUUUAUAUAGAGUAACAAAAAUAAAGAGGUAGGUUUUGCAAUAUAUUUGGCCAUUUGAGCUGUUACUCUCUAUUUGAUGCUUACUGUAACUCUAGAAAUAAUAGAAUGGGUAUUAAAGCGAGUAAAAAAGUUACUUUCUCAUGCAUAUUUGGACAUUCUUUUUAAAUGUAUUAGCCACGUAACAUCCUCAGCUAGGAGAUAAUUAUAGGAUUAUUAAAGCGCUAUUUUAAUUUCAUUUAUGCUCAACUGUUUAAGAAGUUUUUGUUAAUGUUAUUUUAAUAUGUAUAAUUUUCUAUAACAUCCUUUAACUAACAGUCGAUAGUUUAAUUAUGAAAAUUAUAUAAAAAAAGUUUUAACAUCAAUUUAAAAAUAGAUGUGGUGAUCUAACAUAGUGAAAGUUAGUGCCAAUGCAAAGUAAAUCUUAUGAUCUAUUCACAAGAUACAUACUUAGUUGCUACAUAUUAUAAAAUCAUUUUAAAUAAUUUACGAUUAGUUUCACUAGACUUAAUUGACCGGGAUAUAAACCGUGAUUACGUUGUAUAUUGUUUUUAUGAAGCUCCCGAUAUUUCGACGCAGUUACAUGCAUCUUGUUCACGGGUAACUGCAGAUAGCGGGUGGGUGUCAAAGUUGUGUACAUCGCGCUCGGUCUACCCUCAUUCUUGCGCGUCGAAAAGCUCCACAAAAACAAUAUAAAAGUUGAUCACGGUUUUAUCCCGGUCAAUUGCAGUCUAAUUAUGAAAUCGAUUGAUCAACAAACACUGUUUGUUAGUCUCGCAUCUAUUGUUCAUUCAAUCUAAUAUUUUUAGGUCAAGUAAGGACGCUAAGCACGAAGUAUUUCGUUCAUUGGCUCGCCAUUUCCUAUCUCUAUCGCACGCGCAUAAUUAUACAACGUACCGGCCGGUGUAUUGCUGUCACGCUCGCUUGACCGCCAGCAUCAACGGCGGGAAAGCAAUAUAGUUGCGAUAGAGAUAGUAAGCGCUGGUGGCCUAGCGGUAAGAGCGUGCGACUUGCAAUCCGGAGGUCGCGGGUUCAAACCCCGGCUCGUACCAAUGAGUUUUUCGGAACUUAUGUACGAAAUAUCAUUUGAUAUUUACCAGUCGCUUUUCGGUGAAGGAAAACAUCGUGAGGAAACCGGACUAAUCCCAACAAGGCCUAGUUUAUCCUCUGGGUUGGAAGGUCUGAUGGCAGUCGCUUUCGUAAAAACUAGUGCCUACGCCAAAUCUUGGGAUUAGUUGUCAAGCGGACCCCAGGCUCCCAUGAGCCAUGGCAAAUGCCGGGACAACGCGAGGAAGAAGAAGAGAGAUAGUAACAGGUAGGUCAAUGUACGAAAUUCUUCGUGCUUAGCGACCUUACUUUAAUUGGGAGCCAUUUUGGUUGUAAACAGUUGCAGCGACUCUGGCUAAGGCAUAGUGAUUUAUUAUUAGAUUCUCAAUAAUAGUUUUGUUACGCUUCGUGUAAGAUUAGAUCCUAGUAAUCAUAUUAGUUGUUAAAUUAUUAUUUAAAGAGAAAUAAAAUCGAAAAAUUAAUAAUUAAUAGUAAACGACAAAUCGAUACAAUUAUAUUGAGUGUAACGUAUUUAAUACAUUGAAUUAAAAAAAUGUGGUUAAAAUGACGGGCAGUGUACAUCCAUUCCAUGUGUUUGCAAAUCGGCUGUCUGUGCUUAAACUAAGGACGCUAAGCACGAAUCAUUUCAUACAUUGACAAGCCAUUUUCUAUCUCUCUCGCACUCUCGUAAUUAUAUUGCUGUGCCGUCAUAACGAACGGGACAGCAACAAUUAUACGAUAGAGAUAGGAAAUGACUGUUAGAUGACUUUCAUACUGUUUUUAAUGAGUUACUGUGCCGAUGGGCCAAAACCGUAAUAUCAAAUAUUCAAAAACGUUGUAAUACUGGAAAGUUUUAUCUAUUGAAAAAACAUCCAUCGCUAUUUGUAAAACUUCAUAAGUGUGAAAGGGAUGGUUGUUUUAUCUAUAUCUAUGCAUCAACACAAUAUUCGAUGUAUAAUACUGUCAGUGGUAAACUAAAGUCGGUCAAUCCGUUUCCGGCAGUAGAAAAAAGCGGCCAAUUUAAAAAAAAAAGGCGCGUAGGGUUAUUGGCCCAUAUAUAAUUUGAAUUUCGCGCCUUUUUCUACUGUCAACAUUGUUUGACCAGCUAUAUAUGGUCAAAGAGUAGUUAUAAUAGUACUGCAAUCCAUAGAAAAAAGGAUGUGUCUCCAAAAUUGAUUAAAGGCAAUACAUGCAUUCACUAUUACAAAGUUUUCAAUAGAAUUAACAUACUUUAACUGCUGUAGAUUUUUAUUAUCUUUAAAACAAAUGGUAGGUACAAUUUUGUCAAAAAAUAUGAGAAAGUAAUUCUAUUAUAACUAUUCUAAGGUGUGUUCAAACACUCGUCUCUGUAAAAUAGUACCUUUACAGCCUGAAUGUAGUGUCAGCAACUUAUAGCCUCCAACAUUUUAAUAUAAUCCUUUUACUUAUAAAGUUAUUAUAGACCCAGUAAUCAAAUUCAAAAAAUACCUACCUAGGUAAUUUAUUAAAAAGACAAGUCUAAAAUCUAUAACUGUAAUUAUUUUGUUGGUAAAAGGACAGAUUAGUCUUUUAGACAACACUGUACAGAAAUAUUUUAUUUGAAUAAAUAGCUCGGAAACUGUUCUGAUCA